GGUCCCCGCGGGUCGACGCAGACAGGACCCGGGGCCUCGGCGGGGGGGACAGUCGCCCCCAGCCUGGGGUCACGGGCGGGCCGCGCCCAGCGCGGGGACAGCCCCUCGCGUCGCUGCGGCUCGGAGAAGCCGCUCGGCCCGCGUCCCGGCGUCAGGCCGUCCUGCGGGGGCAGCGGCGCGGGUCCGCCCGCGCGGCUCGCUGACCCGGCCCGGGCGCGGGGGUCCCGGGCGACACUGUCCGCGGCACGACGGCGAGCCCGGCGGGCGCAGGUCCAGACGUCGGGGCCGCGCGGCGUGGGGUGGACGCGGCCCCCGGCCCCGCGUGACCCCGGCCCGGCCGUCAGCGGCGGCGCUGGGCGCGCACAGCGGCCCCGGAGCGUUGGAGAAGGAUGACCCCGCGUUUUUCAGGCCAGAGUUUGCAGCGGGCCUGUGCUCCGAACGUGCAUUGCUCUGCAUCUCCUGUGACCGUGAACAGCUCUUCUGGCAUGUUCUGACCUCAGUGCUGCCCCCGGGUGCUGGUGAGCAUGGGCGGGGCCGUGAGCGCCGGCGAGGACAACGACGAGCUGAUCGACAACCUGAAGGAGGCGCAGUACAUCCGCACCGAGCUGGUGGAGCAGGCCUUCCGCGCCAUCGACCGCGCGGACUACUACCUGGAGGAGUUCAGGGAGAAUGCGUACAAAGACCUGGCGUGGAAGCACGGCAACAUCCACCUGUCGGCCCCGUGCAUCUACUCGGAGGUGAUGGAGGCCCUGGACCUGCAGCCAGGCCUCUCGUUCCUGAACCUGGGCAGUGGCACCGGCUACCUGAGCUCCAUGGUGGGGCUCAUCCUAGGCCCUUUUGGUGUGAACCACGGUGUGGAGCUUCAUCCAGACGUGACUGAGUACGCAAAGCAGAAACUAGACUUCUUCAUCAGGACCAGCGACAGCUUCGAUAGGUUCGACUUCUGCGAACCCUCCUUCGUGACCGGCAACUGCCUGGAGAUCGCGCCGGACUGCUCCCAGUACGACCGGGUGUACUGCGGCGCCGGCGUGCGCAAGGAGCACGAGGACUACAUGAAGAGCUUGCUCAAGGUGGGCGGCAUCCUGGUCAUGCCGCUGGAGGAGAAGCUGACGAAGAUCACCCGCACCGGCCCCUCCGCCUGGGAGACCAAGAAGAUCCUGGCCGUGUCCUUUGCCCCGCUGGUCCAGCCGCCCCGCUGCGAGUCCGGGAAGUCCAGGCUCGUCCACCUACCCCCCCCGGCGGUGCGCAGCCUGCAGGACCUGGCCCGCAUCGCCAUCCGGGCCGCCGUCAAGAGGGCCAUCCGCCAGGAAGCGGCGAGCGGGGGCGGGGGCGCGCCGAGGACCACCCCCAGGCUCAAGCGGAGGAGAGUCCGCCGCCGGCGCAUGGAGACCAUCGUCUUUCUGGACAAAGAGGUCUUUGCCAGCCGCAUUUCCAGCCCGUCGGAGGACAGCGGCUGCGAGGGUCUGGACGAGGAGCCGCGGGAGGGGGAGGCGCCGAGCCCGGCCGAGGCGAGGCCCGAGCCCCCGGUGAACCUGCUGCGGGAGAAGGUGCUGGGCCUGCCCCUGCCGGAGCCCCUGAAGCGCUACCUGCUGUACCACAGGGACAAGUGAGCGGCGGCGGGCGGGCGGCCGGCGCCGCGGACCUUCUGCUGCAGCGGCCGCCCCGCCUGCCCGUCCGUCCGUCCGCCAGCCCGUCCCCCGCGUCCGCUUCGGGCUCCGUGACUGCGCGGGGCUUUCGUGGAGCGGCGGGGUUCCUGGGACUGGAUCUGACCCGCGCGCGUGCGCCGGACAGCGGCGCCCGGAGAGGGCGCGUCUCCCGAGCCCGGCGCCGCCUUCCAGGCGCCGGGAAGCUCGUGGAGGCCUGCGCUCCUUCCCCGCUCGCUCGGCGGGCGCCAAGGGGGGCUGCGCGGGCACGUGAGGGGGAGCGCAGACUCGAGAGUGCACGAACUCCCGUGUGGGUGUGACGCGCGUGUGUCUGAGUGUGAGCUGGACGUUAUCGGCAUCCGAGUUCCUGGCCCCGAGGUUCCGCGACGUCCCCUGCUUUUCCAGAGCCGGGACCUGACUGAGAAGCCCCCCUUAUUUUCAGUAAAUGAAGCAACUCGUAGGGGAGUGGCCCGUUGCGUGCUCUUUAAUGGUGUCGGGGGAGGAGGGAUGAAAGUGUCCAGCCGCCAGGUGUCCCUCAGGAGUUCCGGAGGAACCCCAGGGGAUGUUUCCUGACCCUUCGCUGCCUGUGGGAGAGCCCGCGUCUGCGGAGCCCUGAAGAGGGAAACCCGUGCAGGCGAGCAGCCACACCGCUUUGGCCCCAGUGCCGGGCAGACGGGCUUUUUAAAAGGCCCCGGGUGUCUGAGGGUCUCCGUGCGUGGUCCCCAGGGCCGCGGGAGGGUCCAGGGCUCUCACACAACCCGAGUGGUUUCUUCUCUUUAACUGCAGUCGGCAGGUGGCCCUGCCGACAGCGUGCCGCUCUGCAGGCCCUCUCUCCCGGUUCUGGAGAAGAGCGCCUGUCAGCGCCGUGGUUUCUCUGCAGAGCACACACGUGCGGACCAGCUCCUGGGGGCGGGGGGCGCGGCGUCGCUCGGCCACCUGGGCGAAGCUGCUCUCCAGGCGGUGUCUGCGGGGCCUGGCGCCGGGUCAGGGUGUGGGCGCAGGAGGAGCGGGGCCUGUCGGUCUGGGGUUGCAUCAUUGCGUCCAGAACAUCGGCUCUUCUCCACACUUUUACCCGGAAGGGGGGAGCAGUGUCAGGUGUGCACUGGGAACCUGAACUCGCCCACCCAGGUGGAGCCCCAGACCCACGGGCAGUGUCGCCCCAUGCUCCUGGGGCGCUGCUGAAGGUCGGAGUCCCUGGCCUCAGCGAUGUGACUGAGUUCUGGCCCUUUUUUACCCGAUUGCUUUCUCCCGAGCGACUGGGCCAUCUUCGUCCCAGGACGCCGUGUGUGCGCGGUGCAGCACGGGGUGCGGGGGCACCGGCCCUGGUCUGUGCGUGCGAGUACUCCUGCAGACGGCGUCCCUCCGCCCGCAUCCCUGACCGUCCUGCGAGGCCCCUGGGAGACAAGGACGUUUCUGGACACGCUGUUAAAUACGUGGCACCCGUGACAUCUGUCAUGUUAUGUUGCCCGACUAAAUUUUUCUCUUGUGAUUGGAUGUGGAUUUCACUUAUUCCCACCCGUGUUUGCCUUGCAGGAAGGCAGUACGUAAGACAGGUUUCCCCUGUGUGUGCUAACCCUUUCCUGACAUUUUGUACUUACAUAUUGUCAGUUGUUACUUUUAAACUGGAACUUGGUUAAAGAUACAAAGAUAUAAUAUAUACGAAAUAGCUUGGUGUUUGUCUUGUAAAAGUGCAGGAGAACUGCGUGGUCUUCCUCUGCGCCCCCGUCAGCAGCUGUGAGUGAGACGCCCCCGUGCGCUCUGCUGUCGGCCACCACGCUCUGAGCAGUCUGUAUUUUUAUAUGUGACCUUUGUCUUGAAAGUAGUGAAGCCAUAGAAAUGUACAAAACAAAUACCAAAUUUGUAGAUAUCAAGUGUGUAAUGUAAACACCAGCUGUGUGUGUGAACAUGCGUCGGCCCGCCUCGGACUCGGAGGGCUGACGCGGGACCGUGGAGCAGGUGUGUGUGGGCCGGUGUCUGUGGGGAGAUGCAGGGCGUGAGUGAAGGCUGUCGAGACAUUGUGGCCGUCUCAGCCUGGCCCUUGCUUCCGGUGUGGGAUAAAAAUGCCCAACCGCCUUUUUUUUUUUUUUUUUUAAAAAAUAAACUUUUUUUCUGUUAGAA